AUGGCGCUAGUCCACAAGGCUCUCCUAGCACUGGGACGGGGCGCAUUCGAAAGCUCGCCAAACCCAAUAUCACCAGCAACAAUGGCUCCCAAAGCUCGGUUGACAGUCCCCAGCGUCGACCUUGGAAGUCGUGACAAGCCCAUCCCUAACUUCCGUCCUCACCUCUGGCGUCACCUCGACAAGGAGCGCGAUGUGUUGAACAUCGAUCUCUUCUGGCCCAUCAAAGUCAACGAGAAUGAAGGCGAAGAUGAAGGCAAUGACGAUGAGGACGAUGACAAGGAUGUCUUCCCCUACAAUGACCUCAAACCUCUCAUCACCUACCACAACCUCCGCUACCUUCAAGUCACCGGAAUGAUGCGAUCCUACCAACCUCUGAUCUUCGCCACCUGCUGGGUCAACAAAAACCUCACUCACGUUCGCCUUGAAAUGGCCCUCGAACCAGAGAUGAAGCCUAUCAGCAAGGGUUCCAAGCUCAGAUACCGUCCCAUCAAUGACACGUGGUCAUAUGAUGCCCUUGCCGACAGUCAAAGCGCGGCAUCGGAAUAUCUGGGAUAUCACGGCGAAGGCACCUUGCACGAAGAGUUUGGUUAUGGAGAAUACCUCGACCAGCAAGCCAUCAAAGCAGCUCAGUUGUUGGUCGGCACUGAGUUACCACUUGAGAAUCUACGCUUCCUGCCAAUCACUCACUUGACUCUGAAGAACUUCGUUGUCGACGCCGGCCCGUUCUUCCGCUGGUUCGACGCAAAGAGACUUCGCGAAGUCACUUUUCAAGGACGAUGCGUCGACGCAGGGUUCUAUUUGCCCGACGACAUGAAAUCCAAAGUCAAGGUCAACGCGCGCAGACCGUUCGCUGUUGCCCGAUGGGUCAAGCCUGGAGAGGUCAAAUUGGUGGAGAUCAAGAAGCACAAGCCCGCAUCCAGCAACGGUGUUGGUGUCGGUGGUCCAGCCAUGGUCAAAGAGACCGCGCCAGUUCUUGGAUCUGCAGAAGACGUUAAGGGCAAGGGGCUCGCCAGAGACGAGGGGAACUGUGAUGAGAAGUCAGUGUGA